CUCCGUAGUUUGAACGAUAAAAUGCAAAGCACUUGCCUGAUGCAGGUGGAGGGCGGACCAAGCUGAAGACGGGAGGAGGAGGAGUAACCGGCGAGACAACCUGGCUGUCAGAGACCGCUGCUGAUGAUGUUCUCACUCUGACAGGGUGCAGACCUGUCCGAAGUGAACCUCCACCACAAGCCGCUGAGCACUGGCCAGCUACCAGCCUUCGUCUGCAGCCGGGGACUUUAGCUCAGCUAGCUAACCUCUCCUUCAUCGACCAAACCGCUUCUGGAAAACGAACCUAAACAACAACAACAACAGUGCUCCUUCUUUUUAAAUUACACUUGAAAUGUCCAUACUACCAUUCACUCCCCCGAUUGUUAAGAGGCUCCUGGGCUGGAAGAAAGGAGAACAGAACGGACAGGAGGAAAAAUGGUGCGAAAAGGCUGUGAAAAGUCUCGUGAAGAAGUUGAAAAGGACGGGACAGCUGGAGGAGCUGGAGAAAGCUAUCACAACACAGAACAUGAACACUAAAUGCUUGACCAUCCCCAGGUCUUUAGACGGACGCCUGCAGGUGUCCCAUAGAAAAGGUCUCCCUCAUGUCAUCUACUGCCGCUUGUGGCGCUGGCCCGACCUGCAGUCCCAUCAUGAGCUCCGGGCUGUCGACCACUGUGAAUUUGCUUUUCAGACAAAGAAAGAUGAAGUGUGUGUCAACCCCUACCAUUACCAAAGGGUGGAGACACCAAUUUUGCCUCCUAUUUUAGUGCCACGCCACACAGAUAUUUCUACUGACUUCCCUCAGCUGGAUGACUACAGCCCAUCCAUCCCUGAAAAUACAAAUAUCUCUGCUAACACGGAGCCUCUGAAUAACUAUAUUCCAGAUACUCCCCCGCCUGGAUAUAUGAGUGAGGAUGGGGAAACAAACGACCACCAAGUCAACCUCAACAUGGACACCGGUUCACCCAGCAUGUCGCCUAAUCCUGUGUUUCCCAUGAAUAGCAAUCUCAAUUUACAGCCAGUGACCUACUGUGAAUCCGCCUUCUGGUGCUCCAUCUCCUACUACGAGCUGAACCAGCGUGUUGGAGAGACCUUCCACGCUUCUCAGCCUUCCCUCACAGUAGACGGAUUCACAGACCCGUCCAACUCCGAACGCUUCUGUCUGGGGCUGCUGUCCAAUGUGAACCGCAACUCUGCAGUGGAGCUCACACGUAGACACAUAGGACGAGGUGUGAGGCUGUACUACAUUGGGGGGGAGGUAUUUGCAGAGUGUCUGAGCGACAGUGCCAUCUUUGUUCAAAGUCCAAACUGCAACCAGCACUAUAGCUGGCACCCUGCCACUGUGUGCAAAAUCCCACCAGGUUGUAACCUUAAGAUCUUCAACAACCAGGAGUUUGCUGCCCUCCUCGCCCAGUCGGUCAACCAGGGCUUUGAGGCGGUCUACCAGCUCACCAGGAUGUGUACUAUUCGCAUGAGUUUUGUUAAAGGUUGGGGAGCUGAGUACAGGCGUCAGACAGUGACCAGCACCCCCUGCUGGAUAGAGCUGCAUCUUAAUGGGCCUUUGCAGUGGCUGGACAAGGUUCUCACACAGAUGGGAUCUCCCAGCAUCCACUGCUCCAGCGUGUCUUAGGGAGAGCUCUAUUCCCAACCACAGGAGUGUAUGCAAAACCACAAUAGAAAAGUUACAUUUAUUUGAGAUUUAGUAGGGUAGAAACUCCAUUCAUCAAAGCAGCGAUCUUUUUUCACUAAUAAGAUACUUUAAUUAUCCCGAAGGACAUUAUAAUAAAGCACUAUGAUUAUGUUAGGCCGUAUACAUGCUUCAAACUUUUGUUUUUUGUUCAAAUUUUUGGAUUAAAUAGGUUUAUUAUUCAUUCAGACAUUAGACAUGCCUUAAACUAGAAUAUCUGUUUACCUCUGUUGAUUAUCUGGCUUCAUCCUUUUCAACUUUCACUACAAUUAUGAUUCCGUUUAUUAGUCAUCUGUCCGUCAAACCAUAAAAUACAAUUCCUACAAAUGUUUUUUGUCAUCUAUACCCAAAAAUCUGAGUACAAACUACUUCCCUGUAGAUUUAUGUCAUAAACCGAUGCAUCAAAGAUGUAUUUGAUUUUUCUUGAAUUGGUAUUUUAUUGAUGUCCGUAUUAUAUGAAAAAAAAGAAAACUUUGUGAUUUCUGUGAAAGAAUAUUUGUAUGAAAACUAUUUUCCUUGGUGAAAUGUUUUAUAGUUUAUUUUUGCAAAUUCUGCAAAAAAAUCUAUUUUUAUUAAUGUUUUGGUAAAUAAUUAUACAAUUAUUUAUAGUCGAUAAUUUCACGUUGAUGCAAAUCUUAAAACCACAAUCCCGACUCUUUAAGGUCACCCUUAAAUAGAUAAGAAUGUUUUUUUUUUUUGACCCAGUUCAACUGGUUUCACAGAGUGAACCUCAGGAUUAAUAAAGUUUAUACAAUCAAAAGAAAAAAGAAAGAAUAGACACAUGAAACCUCAAUCAGAAAAACACUGACGAUAACUGCUUUCAUUUUCUUUGGUUUUAAUAACUCUGAAACUAACAUAAUUUCCCUCAUGUAUUUAUUCCUUUUAAUAGUUAUAAUGUGGGGUUAAACAUAUAAUUUGUUUUACUGCUGUCCCUCUUUUUCUUGUCUUAUAAGACGUAAAUUGAAACGGGUAAAAAUUAAUAUAAUGGACAAAGAUGAGCUAAAAUCUCGUUAGUCCAUAUUGAAGUAAAGUUUACGUAAAAGUAUUUAUCUUUAUUACUGUGUUUAGGCCUCUUUAUUUAACCAACACAGUGGAUUUAUUGUUUUCCAUUAAGGGUGCAUGCUAUGACAGGUGAUAGUUUUUCACUAAUGGGAUGAAACUUCUCAUUCAUCACUAACAGUAAAUCCUGCUUGUGGGUAAACGAUGCACUUCCACAGUAACGUGUAGAAAAGCUUUAGAUGUUGUUAUAAUCUGCUUGUGCAAUAAACACUGUAUGCUACUUAUGCACUACUCUAAUAGAAGGCAUUGCUCACUGUCUUUGGUCUGAUGCAAACAUGUUAAUCUUGCACUUUCAGUGAUAAGUCAUUUAAUCUGUAACUGUAUGUACGGCAUAAUACUGUGUUCUUCAAUGCAUUUGGUAGAUCUGUAUGUGUUCCUUAAUAAUCUCAACUGGUUUUUCAAUUCCAAGUCUUAGACACUUUUUUUUUUGUUAACCACUGUUUCAAAGUAAAAUUUUAUUAAAUAAAAUGCAUUAUUAAAAAGUAUACCAUCACUAAAAUAAUAGUAACUCUUGGUUAUAAAUAUAUAAAAAAAGUACACAACUUUUAAGAAUAAGGUUUAUGAUAUAUUUUGGAGACAUUUUCAGUGAAAAUGUAACAAAUAAAUGUAGCAGUAAGUAGUUUACAGAUGCAUUCUAAUACAGCAUAUUGGUUUAUCUUAACGUAUGUAGUGAGACACUGUUGACAUUAGUUACGCUGUAUCCAUUACAAAGAUUUACAUGAUGAUAAGAAUUUUCAGGAUGUCCAUUUUUGAUUGAAACCAUUCAGAGGGUAAGGCACAUAUAUAUGAAAUAUGUGUCUUCUGUAUCCAGAUAAAUGCAUGAAGCCCAUACGUUUGUAUGACUUGCAUUACAUCAUGUAUUGAGGUUCACUAAAGCAUUUUGUGGGAAGACGAGUUCAGAUUCCCUCCACUGAGAGAGGUUACCUCUUUAUCCAUUAGUUUCUAGACGAGUCAAAUGUUUCUAAAAACCAAUAAGCUUACAACUGUAAAUGUCUUCAUUUUAUACGUGGUAAAUCAGUAGGAACAGAAUCUUGUGAUAGCUACAGGAUUAAGAGAAAGAUUUCAGUCACAGGUUGCUUUUUUUUUUAGCUUUCCUCUCCAGAUGAUAGUCCACCUAUCUCAUCUUCAUCCCCGCCGAUGGCCAUCCAAAAUGCUUUUGCCACCUGAAAUUAUGAAAAGAAUCGUCAGGAAAACUGAUAAAUUCACUGAUCAGAAACGGACAGAUGCUGACCUUCUCUGCAUGAACUUUCCUCUGUUCGUGUGGUAAUGAAGACGCUUUAUCUGCACAACAACAAUCAGAUAAGACCGAAUCAGAUUAAUCACACUUGAAAUAAAAUUUGACAUUAUGAUAAAAAAGAUU